AUGGCAACAUCAUCGUUUAGAGUGUCGAUUGCAUCAACCUAUCAACCCUGUUAUACAAAGUCUAGUUUGGUGUCAGAGAAGGAUACUAUUAGAUCGACACCUUUUGGUUAUAGUGGAUCUUCUACUGUCAAUGAAUCAAGGGUCAUUGUCAAUUCGACAAUCCCUACACAACUGACUUGUUAUCUUUAUGAUGGAGAUUCUACUAUUAAAGUAUUAAAAAUUAUAAAAUCGACAAUACCUAUACAAGAUCAUUGCACAAUUGUUGAUAAAUCAUCAUUGUAUCUCUUUGUUUUAUUAACUGAUUUCUCACUAUGGUCUAUUGAUUUACACACUGAUAUUAAUCAGUUGACCAAUCAACAACCUACAUCAUCAACUACAAUAGAUGUUGAUGAAGUUGGAAAUGGAGGAGGGAAACGAAAAUAUCAAGAUUUUCAACAAGAUGGCGACGUUGUUGGUUUUAAUACUACUAUUGUUAUGUUGGGAGUAGAACAUCAAUCUAUAUCUAAUGUUGCUCGUUAUAUUGAAACAUUGGAUAAUUUGGAAUGGAUAUACUUUAAUGGUACUAAAUUGGUACUAUUGUUCAACACUGAUAAUCGUCACUUGGAAUUGAUUCAAUCCAAACUAGAAUCUUUUUUCAAAUCUGAUAUUGCAAUUGAGGGAUAUAUCAUUACGAAUCCAAUCCAAGAAGAAGAAGAAGAACAAGAAAUCAUUUCAAGAAAACCAUUCCUAUUUACCAUUCAAAAACAACAACAACCAACCGACAUUACCAUUGAAAAUCACAUCUAUUUUCGAUUUGAUACAAUUCUGGUUGUAUUAAAACAACAAAAACAAACAUUUAAUAAUAAGAACCAACAACUCAAACUUGUAAAUAUUUUACCUCCCAAUAACCAAAACAACAAACAACAACUAUUAAAAGUCUACAAAUCAAUAUCUCCCAACAAUCAAACUACCAUUAUUUUAAAAUCUGAAAGUUCAUCAGAUCAAAUCGAAUUCAAUUUAAAUCCAGAUCAUACAAAUAUAUCAAAAUUAUUAAUGGUCAAUGAUCUUAUUAUUUAUCAAUAUAGAGGAAAUCUAUAUUUUGUUAGAUUAUUUCAAAAUGAUGAUAGUACUACUACUACUACCUUUAAAUACAUUCAAGUUAAAAAUCCUCCACAUUGUAAUGAUGUAACUGAUUUUUCAGUUGAACCCUUAAAACAACAAACAAAUGGUAGUUCAUAUCAAAUCUAUAUUCAAUUUAAAAACUCUAAAAUGAAUAUUUAUAAUAUUAUAUUAGAGUAUGAAAACCAAAAAUCAAAUAAUAACAAUAAUAUUAAUUUAAUCGCUAACAAAUCUUAUCUCUAUCUAUUUAGAGGAGGAGAUGAUAAAAAUUCAAAAUGGUCACUAUAUACUGAUGAUUUAAAGCAAAUUUCAAAUCAAUAUAAAGAUUUAUUGACAAAUGUAAAGACUGUUGAUCACUCUAUACUAGAAGUAAACAAGAUUAUGACAGUUUUAUCGAAAAAACCAUUUCAAUCAACAAAGUCACGUCCAUUUACUUGUAAGGUCAUUCCACUCUUGUCUCCAAUUAAUAAUAUCAAUGGAAACCAAUCGACUCUUUUGAGAAUUACCGUACAUAAUCAUACAAAGAUAGACUUGUCCAACAAGAAUGGAUGGUCCUUGUUAAUUUCCUAUAGGAUAACAGAUUUUCCUCUUAAUUAUACCUUUACCACCGUUUUACCAAUUGAUUUAUUAUCAAACUCUUCAUUUAAUAUACAGCAUGAAUUUGAAUUACCAUUAAAUCAACCAAUUCCAUUUUCAAUGUAUAUUAUUUAUCAAGUACCUUUUUUCAAUGGAAAAGGAACUACUUUUCAAGUUGGACAAGUUACUCUAACACCUUUGGAUUUUAUGAAUAUAUCAACUACCAAUUACGGUAAUACAACCAUGAAAAGAGAAGGAAUAUUAGAUUCAAUUAUUGAACUAUUAGAUUCCUCUUCCUCUUCAUCUUCUUACUCUUCGACCUCUUCACCACCAACAACACCACCAAUAACAACAACAAGGUACAACAACAUUUUCAAACAAAAACUUCACAUUCCCAUCAAAAGUUACUCUUUUAUGUCAAAGGGUGAUUAUUUGGAACAAUUCUACAACUUUGUAUUUUCAAAAAAUAAUUUGGUUUCUCUUAAAGACAUUACUACUCUAUACUUGAAUUCUACAAAUAUUGAUAAUAUAAUGAUAAAAAUGAAUAGAAUAGAUGGUAAAACAAAUUCAAUACAAUUACAAUCAAAAGAUUCAACUCAUCUCUUUUUACAAUCAAUGUUAUUAAAAUUUAUGACAAAUGAUAUUGAAUGUCCAUUAGAGGCAUUAAAUAAGGACAUGGAAUCUUUUAAAGAAAAAUUAAAGUUAUGGAUACAAUCAAAAACAAGUACUAAAAUAUUGGCAGACAGAGCAUUUUCACCUACAAACUCACCACCAAGGGGCAAUCAACUUCAACAACAAACUCAUCCAAUGUCUGCAGAAAUCGAACAAUUUACCAAACAAUGUCAAUCAAUCAUUAAAAUUCAAGAAAGUUUUCACAAUUUAUUAUCAAUUUAA